CCGAACAUGUAGCCAAAGAAGCCGAAAAGCAAUUAACCGAUGCGAUUGACGCUGCUAAAAAAGUGAUGGAAAAUGAAGGUGAUGCAGUAACCAAAACGCAAAUUGACAGUGUUGAUAGUAUUCAAUUAGCCCAAGAUAUUAAAUUGGUAUUUGAAAAAUGUAAAAAGGCUCAUGGUCCUGUUGCAAGCACCGAAAAGGAUGGUCUGAAAAGCGAUUUGACAGGUUAUCAAACAAACAAAAAAGUUGCUUGGGAUAAAGUAAAUCAAUACCAAAAAGCCGCCGGCAAAGGAUACGCCGAUGAAGCUUUGGAAAAAGUUAGUGAAGGUCAGAAAAAGGACCAAGCAACUUACGCUAAGUAUGCUGCAAUGGAAAGUGCAAAAAAGGCGCGAGAAGAAGCAACCAAAGAUGGAGUGACUGAUGAAACGCUUAUCAAACGGGGUCAGAUUAGUGCGGAAUUCAAAAAUUCUGAUAAGGAUGACGAGAAAGCGUUAGUAGUGAUAGCCGAAAGAGCUGGCGAGACUACUAAAUACAGCGACAGCAAAGAUAAGAUAGAACAAGGCCUCACUGAGAUUAAAAAGCACAUUGAUUUAUUAGAAAAAAUUAUUAAGGCUAAGAGUUCCGAUAGUUCCAAUGAGGGUCAACUUAGAAAAAAAUUAGAAGAAUUUGAUGGCAAAAGUGGCAAAUGA